UUGUUUCCUUUCCUUGUGUCUCUUGUUCUGGAAUUUCAUAAACCCUUCCCUCUAAACCCUGCCACUCCUUCUCCUUCGUUCUUCAAUGGCGCGCCUGUUCCGUUCCCUCAGAAAAACCCUAACCCUAACCCCAACCCUAACCCAAACCCACCAUCUUCAUCAUCACCCUCUUCAAUCAUGCAUUUCCCCUCACCUGCACCGAAGAACUUACAUCUCAGACAUGCGCAAAUCAGCUUUUGAAGGAAACAUUACGAGACUCCUCCGCAACGAGAUUCAAUACGAGCUUCAAUCCUCUCCUUCUGACAACCCUAGCAACAAGUUUGGUUCCUUUGCGGUGGAUGGUCGACCUGGUGAGCGAUGGAUUACACUGAGAAGACAAUUUGCGAAUGAAGAUAUUAAAGUUGAAGCCACCAUGUUCGAUGGAGCUGUUCCUGCUCCCCGUUCAAGUGGUGGUGUGGCUAAUGCGGAUGAAAUGCAGCUGCACAUUACCUUGAUUGUCAGCAUCUCUAAGGGAGAUGGUGGUGUGCUGGAGAUCACGUGCUCUGCUUGGCCAGACACUAUAGAGAUAAAAAGGCUGCUCACGCGUGCAAAGGAAAAGAUGCCAGCUGAGCCCUAUGCUGGUCCUGAUUUCGAGGAUUUAGAUGAUGACUUGCAAGAUAGCCUUUAUGAUUUCUUGGAGGUAAGGGGUGUAGAUGAUGAACUGGCCAUUUUUUUGCAUCAGUACAUGAAACGCAAGGAUAAAUCUGAGUUAGUAGGAUGGAUGGAGAGGGUUAAAUCUUUCAUUGAAAGGAAAUAAAGGCAUUAAUAUUUCAACGUUGUAGAUGAUACAAGCUGUGAGUCGAUAUCUCAUGUAUUUUGUGACUGAAGUCUCAAUAUGAGGAGGUAGACUUUUUUUCGUUGUUGUUGAUAAUAACUGCUUUAGAUUUAUAGUUGGUAUUGGCGGAAAUCAUAUAAACAUGAUAGGUUUCCCCAAGAAAAAACGGUGCUGUUAGGAAAUAGCCUUAUGUUUUUUGGAUUUGACUCCUCCAAAGUGAGAGCCAUUGAUUUAGAAGUCAUUAUUUGAGUAUGUGUUAUGUGAUCA